UUUUGCCGUAAAAACGCCCAGUGAUCCCCUAGCGAUCGUUUUUGAACUCGUUUGUGGCUGCCGUUGUCUCCACGCAGCGGUAGGAAGCGCCACGUGCCUCGACCGAGGGUCCCUGCACCGCUGCAGAGCCGCAUGCGCAGCGCACGCACACUGCGCCUCGCCUCCACCACCCUGAUGGCCUCAGCGCUCAAGCCCGCCCUGGUCGUCGACCCGUUCUGCCUGCGCCAAUUUGAUAAGACGUCGGGCAAGGCGCCGUUCCUCGACGUGCCCGUGGCCGACUUCGAGAAGCGCGUGAAUGAGUUGUAUGAGGCCGCGGGCGGCGAGGCGUGCCUCGUUGAUGGUUACGCGCCCUUCUGCAAGCACGUCUUCGUCGAGAACUUCGUGAAUGCAAAGGGCGCGGUCGCGGCGAUCACGCCGGAGAACGAGCACCUGCUGAGGAGCGGCUACUCGGCGCGGACGGAGAAGGAGCUCGCGGUAUUAUCAAGGUGGUUCCCGAAGGAGUCCAUAGCAGCACCGACAGCAAAAUACUUGGACCUGAUCCUGUACUCGCGGGAACAAAUAAGAAUCGAGAACGCGGCCAUGGGCGAAGAUAGCGGUAGUGAUGCACCCUGGGGCAUCGUCUCGGUCAAGGCCCAGGACGUCGACAGCGAACUGCCCAUGCAGCCCAUCACGAUGAUGCGGAACGCCUUGGGCGCGGACGAGGGCGGCAGCGGCGUCGCGCUCGACGCGGCGAAGUACCGCGAGAGCGUCGCGUACUGGGCGGGGCACGCGCCGAUCCAAUGAGUAAACUUAGUACGGUGAG